AAAACAAAAAGUCAAAAAUAAACACGAAAUUAAAGUCCGUAUACAAAUUAAAUACAUUGCUCCAUCUAUAAAUACUUGGAAGCUUCAAGUUCAUUAGAGCAGAGAAAUUAAAGAAAGAAAGCCACAUAAUCAUCAUGAUUAGCACUCCAACAGUACUAGUUAUUCCAUAUCCAGCUCAGGGGCAUGUAAACCCCAUGAUGAGCUUUUCACAUAAGCUGGUUGAUCAUGGAUGCAAUAUCAUCUUUGUCAACUCAGACUUCAACCAUAAGAGAGUGGUGAGAUCCAUGGAGAACAACAAUGGUUCAUCUUCACCAAUAAAAUUGGUGUCAAUCCCAGAUGGGUUGGGACCUGAACAUGACAGAGUCAAUUUAGGAGAGUUAUCUGUUUCCAUAUUGAGGACCAUGCCUUCAAAGCUUGAGAAGCUGAUAGAAGAUCUUCAAAUGAAUGAGGGCAUUAAAGUAACUUGCGUUGUUGCUGAUGUGUUCAUGGGUUGGGCUUUGGAAGUUGCAAAGAAAGUGGGAAUCAAAGGUGCAUUCUUUUGGCCUGCGGCAGCAUCAAUGUUUGUGUUGCAGUAUAACGUCCCCAAGCUUAUUGCUGAUGGCAUCCUAGACACUCAUGGUAAUUUAUUAAUAUUACAUUUCACUAACUUCUUUUUUUUAUAACCAACUUUGAGUUAAUACUUAAUACUCAAAUUCCUCCUUGCCUCGAG